GAUCAGCCUCCAGCAGUUCCACGAUCCGUCCGCUCACCGAAAGUCUCCGCGUUUCACCCGUUUCCCGUCGCGUAAACCCGGCCAGGCCCCGCACACACCAGCGGAACCCGAUGGCUUCGACGACCUCCGACGCCUCCGAGCAAGAGUCGGCCAACCCGAGCGAGAAAAACGGCGACGGGAGCGAGUCGGGCCUGCGCGCCGCCGAUCCGGAACCGGCCGUUAAGAUGGACGAAGCGGACACGGACGAGAAGCCCGGUGGACACGAGCCUGCAAAACAAAGCCCGGAGGACGCCACGCGGGACGGGGCUAAUGAUGAAGACGGGGAGACCGUAAAGGAGCAGCAGAAGAGCCCCGGUAGCGCGGACGGGACGGCGGAGCGGAUGAAGAGAGAACAAAGGGAGGAGGAGAGCGCGUCCUCACCGGCGGAGAAAAACGGCGGCGGCACCGGAAUGAAGCGCCGCGCGAGUCUGGAAAUGAUGAGCUCGUCUUCGGACGGAGAGCCGCUCAGCCGCAUGGACUCGGAGGACAGUAUUAACAGUACUCUUAUGGACAUGGAGAGCAUUGCGUCCAGCGGUCGCUCUACCCCGGCUAUGAUGAAUGGUCUCGGUGGGGCGUCUUCCUCCACUAAGGGCUCAUCUUACCCCUGCUGCUGGGAUCAGUGCCACAUGCUGUUCAACACCAGCCCGGACCUGGCCGAACACAUCCGCGGAGUGCAUGUGGAUGGACAGCGUGGCGGGGUUUUCGUGUGUCUUUGGAAGGGCUGUAAGGUGUAUAACACACCGUCUACCAGUCAAAGCUGGCUCCAGAGACACAUGCUGUCACACAGUGGAGACAAACCAUUCAAGUGUGUGGUGGGUGGUUGCAAUGCCACCUUCGCCUCCCAGGGGGGGCUAGCGCGCCAUGUGCCAACCCACUUUAGCUCCCAGAAUUCCUCCAAACUCUCAAGCCAAACCAAGGUCAAGGAAGAAUCUCCUUCCAAAGCGGGCAUCAACAAACGGAGGAAGCUCAAGUACAAGCGGCGGCGGUCCUUGCCGCGACCGCAUGACUUUUUUGAUGCUCAGACUAUGGAUGCAAUCCGUCAUCGCGCCAUCUGCCUCAAUCUAGCAACCCAUAUUGAGAGCCAGGGCAAAGGCCACAGCGUUGUGUUUCACAGUACGGUGAUCGCCAGGCGGAAGGAGGAUUCUGGGAAGGUGAAGGUGCUGCUUCACUGGAUGCCAGAGGACAUACUUCCAGAUUCCUGGGUCAGUGAGAGUGACCGUCCUCAGCUGAAGACCAAAGUGGUCCACCUUUCACAGCUUCCUCAGGACACAGCGGUUCUGCUGGACCCAAACAUCUACAGGAUGUUUUUCUAGAAGACUGGGUGGGGAGGGCGACUUCUGUCAGCGCCUGCUGACGUACCCAAACCCAAGUGGACGUGCGGAUCUUUUCAGACAGGACUUCUUUGCUUUGUUUUUUUUUUUCCUCACUUUUUUUUUUUCUUUUUAAUGCUCCGAGUCUGCCAAAGCAUGCAGUGAAUUUUUAAUGUGUGUUUUUAUCCCUUGAAGAGGAGAAAAGGCACAAAGUUGUGAACUCUUGUCGGUGCUGGACUUCUAUGUGUCUGUCUGCGAGGAUGUUUCGUUUACCACGGUUGAAGUUUUCACUUUCCUUCCCAGCGUCCUCUCAAGCUCUUUCAAGUCCUGAUUAUCAUUUUUCCUUCUUUGUCAAGAAAGUGCCCGUGUAAAUAUUCCAGGAGAUUUGUAAUAUAUUUUUGUACUGCGGAAAUUUUACUGUACUGUAGAUAGCUGACAGAAAAGAGAAUUGUACAGAAUGUGAUAGCUAAAUAGUUUCUGGAGGAUGAGAAUGCUUCCAUAGACGUAUCUGCGUGUUUAUCUUUCCUCGUUUUUAUUCUAGUAUGAUAAUUGAGAAAAGUGAUGAUUUUUUUCUUUCCCAAACACACGCACAGACUCUUAUAACUGCUGCUCCACCUACUGAUGUUGAUGAUGAAGAGGAGGAGGAUGAGAUGUUAUCGUCCUCCAGUCUGCGCCUUUUGUGCGUAUUUCUCAAGCCAAGGAGUGUAUAGACAUCUCAAUGUAAUGGUGCUAAAGCUAACACUAGCAUAGUGCACAUAGGAGAAUUAUAAUGAUGGUGCUUUUUAGAUCAUGUACGUAAUAAUAAUCCCCUGUUCCCCAAACGUAAAGAUCAUUCUUCUGUCUUUCUAGUAAAAGCUGAAAAUUCUCUGAAAA